GUUGUGCGCCGCCGCGAACAGCGAUAGAAGAAAGUGCACCAACGUCUGCGUGCACCGCUAGGGAACAGGAGAAGUAGAUUGCGCGGGCCAGUUGGCUGCCGAAAGCUGAUCUUUCCCGAGACGAGACGUCGUGAGCUUCCGUUGCAGUUCAUACUGUGUACCCGUCAUCUAAACGGAGCCUUAACUCGGUGAGGAUUUCAAGUCUCUAAAACACAUUUUCAUCGUUCAUCAUGGCUGAUAAGAAAACUGACGAGCCCUACAAACGACCGCAAACUCUCACUCGUUGCGAACAGAUCACCCAUUUUCUGUACAACAGUGAAACUCACGAGGUUCUCGGCCGCACGGCGAAGAGUUGGUUUCAAAUCGCGGUGUUUUACGUUGUUCUCUACGCGUUCUUGGCUGGAUUUUUCAUCGCCCUUCUCACCGUCUUCUAUCAGACUUUGAACGAUCACGAGCCAAAAUGGACGAUGGCUAACAGCUUGAUCGGGAACAGCCCUGGAAUGGGAUACAGGCCGACUCACGCUGAUCCCGACGUCACAGUCAUCUCGUUCAACGCAAAGGAUCCUAAAUACUGGUCUGAUCGAGUUGAUGAUUUCCUGGGCCCUUAUUACACGAGUGCACCCAAAGCCGACGCCUACGCUGAUUGCAAUUAUGGAACUCCGAGCGCUGACCCAGUAACGCCAUGCAGCUUCAAAGUCGAUCUAAAUAAAUGCGCUCAAAACGACUACGGUUUCGGAGUGAACAAGCCCUGUCUUUUCCUGAAACCAAACAAGAUCUUCGGUUUUACUCCGGUUCCCUACACCAAAGAGGAAAUCGAGUCCGACGAACUUCAGAUGCCAGCCAACUUGCAGGCUGCAAUUCUCAAACUCCCAACUGACGUGAUCGAGAAAAACAUUUGGGUCUCGUGUAUGGAAAUGGAAAACAUGAACGUCACGUUGGAAUACGACACACACAUUGGGUUCCCGACUUUCUAUUUCCCUUAUGCCAAUCAGGCGGGAUAUCUGACACCAUUCGUAGCUAUGCAAAUCGACAAUUUACCAGUGGGUGUUACAGUUAAGAUCAGCUGCCGUCUGUGGGCCAAGAACAUCGUCGUAGAUCGCCAACGCCGGUUGGGCAUGACCAAUCUGGAGAUUUUGUCCAAUGCAUAAAAAGAAAAUCACUUACCAAUAAUGAAGCGGUAGGUUUGCACAAAAACAAAUAGGCACAAUUACAUUUCCUUCUCUUCGACCGCCCUGCCUACUUACGUCUGUUGAAAAGAAAACAACACAAA